CAAAAUGCUAACAAGGAAGUGAAAAACGCUUCUAUCAGUUUCAAUAAACUUUAGACGCCUUAAGCUCUUGUAAUUUGGACACCGGCUUUUUUCUUGCUUCACUGAUAAAACAGAGACCGUUUAACCGGAACCUCCAAUGCAGAAUGUACGAAAACGUCGAGGCAACAAUUUACACAGCACUGCUGGUGUUUGUAAGGAAAAUGUCCCGGAGAGGAAAACUUCUUCCUUUCACUUUGACCUGUGGUUCUGCCUGACUCUGCAGAACUGGAUACUUGAUUUUGGAAGACCUAUCGCCAUGAUCGUCCUUCCCCUGGAAUGGUUUCCUCUGAACAAGCCAAGUGCUGGAGACUAUUUCCACAUGGCCUACAAUGUCAUUACACCAUUUCUAAUGCUGAAGGUGCUCUAA